AUGAUGCAAACUUCCAUGUCUAUUAUGAAUGGUCACUACGCAUCCCAGGAGGUGCUUGGAAAUGGCACGUAUGGAUGUGUAUUGCGUUGUGCCGAUACACGCAGCGGUGAGCAGGUCGCUGUGAAGAUUUCACAAAAAGAUGCCGCAUACCGCCGCUCUGCAAUGAAUGAAAUUCGAGUUCUACAACUUCUCUCACACAAUGAAGAAUCAUUGAAGAUGUUGGACUUCUUUGAAGAGAAUGGACGUCUCUGCAUUGUCUCUGAACUCUUACGUACAAAUUUUUAUGAACUUUUACGGGCUCACCGUUUUCAACCAUUCUCACUAGAGGCUGUACGUAUAGCAGGAGAACGUGUAGUGAAGGCACUAUCGGAACUUCACUCACUGGGUUACAUUCACUGUGAUAUUAAACCAGAGAAUGUAAUGCUUCGCCCAAGUGAGAAUGAUCAUCGCAAUGGGGAAGACUUUACAAAAACAUGUCUUAUUGACUUUGGUGCAGUACGACAAUUUCAUGAAAACACGUAUUAUGAUGUUCAAUCACUAUGGUAUCGUGCUCCAGAGGUGCUUCUUGGUCUUCCCUACACUUCUCUCAUUGAUGCCUGGAGUCUUGGGUGUUUGUUGUUUGAGCUCUACACGGGGAAACCACUUUUUCCCGGUGAAACCCCACAGGAACAGAUUAAUAACAUUGUAUAUACAGUUGGACUUCCUUCUUUAAAAGCUAUGACCUUUGGUGCAAACACCACAUCCUUGUUGAUACCACAAAAUACAAACGGGGUAAAUGCUGAGGCAAAUUUACAUCACCUCAUUAAGAAAUAUCGCUACAACUCUGGCAAAGUUCAACAACCAUAUUCACCUUCUUCUGAAGAGAUGGCUUUUGUGAAUUUAUUGUGUAAUUUAUUAAAUCCUGAUGAAAAUUUAAGGAUGUCAUGCACAGAAGCCAUGUACCAUGUUUAUUUUUCUCAUUAUUCUCAGAGAAAAGACAUUGGGAAUAUGAUUCUUUCCCCACGAAGUCUCAGUAGCAGUGGUUUUAUCCCAACAGGUGAAUGUAAUUAUGCUGGAGGAAUGUCAUCUAGUGGGAGUGAUAUUCACAGCUUCAGUUUUCACGAUCACGUUGUACAACAACAACAGCAGCAACAGCAACAACAGUCAUCGACGAUAAUUCCUCUUGGUAGUUGUAACGUAGUGCCUCUCAUAAAUUUUGUAGGCAACCCAUCACCAACAAUGUUACCACCACCACCACCCAAUCUAGUGACAGCAGCAGCAUCAACAACAUCAACAACAACAACUAACGCAUCCAAUGUUUCUAUUAUGCCUCCACAUGUUUUUAUUCAGAACAAUGUGUAUCCAAAUACAUCCACAUCAGCGGUACAGUCAGUCCCUUUCCACAUGCAGCAACCACAUACAGAAUGCCUUGUGAACUCGUGUGCAUCUUCCAUGGUGAAUACACCCACGAAGUGUCUCUGUUCGUUUCCAAUGCCAUCACAGCAGCACCAGCAGCAAGUUCAACAAUUUCAUGGUGGACAGAAAUGGAACGCAAACAUCGCCCCAUCAAGGAUAAUCACUGGGACACGAUGUAAUCAACUAUUAUAUAAUGGCUGUAUGGUAAACCAUAUAGAGUCUGAUCAUGUGGUGUAUCAGGUUCCUGUGAUGAAUUACCCAGAUGGAUUAAUAUAUGCGCCGUAG